GAAUCAAAAUAGAGAGAGAGAGAGAGAAACACACUGUAAAUAAAGAGAGAGAGAGAGAGGGAGUAAGAGUAAGAGCGGGAGAGCUGUUGCUGUUUCUUCAACAACACACACAUCAAUCCAUCAAUCAAUCACAUUCCAUUUCUCCCUCUGCAAUUCGAUUCCUUCCCUCCCUCAAAAAUGGCGGACUGCCCUCACUGAACAACAAUAAAUAAAUGCUCCAAUUUAUCAAAUAUUCCAUUCCUUGAGACUUCUCUCUCUCACUCUCUCUGUUUCCCAAUGUUUUGGUUGAUUAAUCAAUACUAGCAGAGGAUUGACGAUGAAGACGAUGAUGAGAGAUAACAAUACCAGUAUCAGAACCAGAAUGAAGGUCCUAACAAUGGCGGUCCUGCUGCUUCUCUGCCUAAAAAUGGCGUUCGCCGAAUGCAGAGACGGAGUUGCCAAAAACCAGGCUGAAGAAACCACCACCAGCAGCUUCAAGAACAGAAGAUUGAAGAAGAUAUGCCUCAGCAUAGGUUUAGGGAUUCUCACAGGAUUAAUCUCCGCUCUCCUUUUCGCCAUUUUUUUGAGACAUUUCGUUCGAUUCAUCAACAAAUCCCCAACCCUAAAAUCCCCAAUUCUCUUCUCCCCCAAAAUCUCCCCCAAAACCCUAAAAUCCGCCCUCUCAAAUAACCCCCAAUUGCUCGGUACAAAUCCUUCUUCAACCUACUACAAAGCCGUCCUCGACAACGGCCUCGUCGUCGCCGUCAAGCGCCUCGACGGCGGCGGCGCCGACAGGGCGGCACGGCGGAGGAUGCUGCAGGAGUUGGAGGCGAUCAAGGGGCUCAGGCAUAGGAAUUUGAUGAGCUUGAGAGCUUAUGUUUGUGACUCUAAUGGCUGCUCUUUGGUCUACGAUUACGCCGGCGCCGGCAGCCUCGAAGACGCCGUCCGGCGGGGCGGCGCCGACGGGCUGGCGGCGCUUAAUUGGGAGGCUCGGCUUAGGAUUGCCGUCGGCAUUGUUAAGGCGCUGCAUUAUCUUCACUUCAGCUGCGACCCGCCGCGGCUGCACCUUAAUUUGAAGCCGUCGAAUGUAAUGCUCGAUUCGGAGCUCGAGCCGCGCCUUGCCGACUGCGGAUUGGCGGCGAUUUCGCCGGAUUUUCGCCGGCCGGCGUCCGGUUAUAACCCGCCGGAGUGUUUUCAGAAUUGCAGGUAUACGGACAAGAGCGAUGUGUACAGCUUCGGGGUGAUAUUAGGCGAGCUCCUAACCGGUCGGGACCCAAUGGGACCGUUCGUCGGCGAGACGUCGAGCGGGGGGAGCUUAGGGCAAUGGCUAAGGCACGUGCAGCAAGCAGGGGAGGCACGUGAGGCAUUAGACAAGAGCAUUCUCGGGGAAGAAUCCGAGGAAGAAGAAAUCCUGAUGGCUAUGAGGAUCGCCGGCGUUUGUCUAUCCGAUCUGCCGGCUGAUCGACCGUCCAGCGAUGAGCUCGUGUCGAUGCUGACUCAGCUUAAUAGUUUCUAGAAAAAUCGAGAAAAAAGAAAAAGGAUAUGUUUAGGACAGCCGGAAGUUCGAUCGAGCUCUCGGUUGUUCCGGCGGCUGCUGAUGCGCAACGAUGUCGGAGUGGUUUUGCCGUGGGAGCAACCGGCGAGCUAGCGACGGCGGAGUGAUUUUCCGGGCGCCGGCGGGGUGUGGAAUGGUAGAGUAGUUUGUGUGGUUUUGGGAUUUUGUGUUGUUUUGGUGAAGUUUUGGUUUUGGAUGAUUACUGUGGUUAUGAUUGGUAGUUUUGAACA